AAAGUAAUGGUGUCCACCAGUGAUGGAGCGUCAUGGAACCGGAAGUUUUACCGUAUGCAUAGAGUAAAAGGUGCUCCGCGGGAUAUGGUGGUGUUCAAGACUAGAAAUUUAUGGAGUGAUGAUGAAAGAUUCAUUUAUUUUGUGUCUGAUGUACCCCACUUAAUAAAGACUACCAGGAACUGCUGGGCCAAUUCUGAGGCACAUCGGAAAUCCAGAAGUCUAUGGAAUGGUAAUCCAAUAUUAUGUAGGCAUCUUUCAGAGUUGAUAAUGGAUGAUCGAACCAGGGACAUUCACUUGUUACACAAGAUUGGAUAUGAGCAUAUCAAUUUAACAUCUUUUUCAAUUAUGAGAGUUAACCUUGCAGCUCAGGUUCUAAGUGAAACAGUGUUCCAUGCUAUUCAAAGAUUUGGUCCACCAGAAGCAGGGGAAACUGCUAAGUUUGUAAUGUAUAUGGACAACUUUUUUGACUGCUUAAAUGUGCGAUGCAAGGAGGAACAUCUAAGGAAACGUAUACCUAACCUGGCACCCUAUACAAAUCCGGAUGAUCCAAGAUUAUCAUGGCUUGAACUUGAUUUUCUAAAUUAUUUCACUGAGUGGCAAGAUAGAGUUGCAAGAAGGCCAGGACAGUUCACAGCAUCACAAUGAGCUGCUAUGCUUCUCAGUCGACAAACGCUAGAGGGGUUGCAGAUGUCAG